UAGAAUGCACUUUCUAGUUAAGAAUGGACCGUCUGGUAGUGAGUAUUCUGACAUUAAUAGGCUUGGGACCACCUCCACCAGGUUUUCCGGGCGGUGGAAUAUUCGUGAUUCCUCCAUGUGGUCAGUUGCCUCCUGGCUCUAAUGGAUCGCUUCCCAUAAUUCCGCCUUGUGGUCAGUUACCUCCUGGUUCCAAUGGAUCGCUUCCCAUAAUUCCACCCUGUGGUCAGUUGCCUUCGGGUUGCAAUGGGUCACUCCCUAUAGUUCCACCUUGGUUGCCUGGAUGUAAUGGAACGAUUCCAUUUCCACCUCCCUGGAUUCCAAGACCACCAUGCCAACCACCGUAUCCAACAUUGCCACCAUGUAAUGCGACUACAGAUUCAACAACACAUCCCACUCCAACUACACCAGCACUUUCGAAUUCUACUUUGACACCAACAACCGGUCCAAGCGAUAUAUCAACAACUGAAGUUACUCCUGGUAGCUCGACAACUGAAUCCUCUUCAUCAGAAAAAACAACAAACCCAGAUAGUUCGACACCAGAAGAUGGGACUUCAUCUAGUACUGCAGAGCCAGGUGAAAAUGAAACAACCACGGGAGCUGAUUCAACAACAACCAGUGUGACAGGUGAUAAAGAAACUUCAACUCCUGGAGACUCAUCUCCAACAACGGAGGGAGACACAACAACAAGUGAUUCUUCCAGUGGAACAACUGCAGGUGAAAAUGAAACAACCACUGAAGGUGAUUCAACAACAACAAAUGUGACAGGUGAUAAUGAAACUUCAACUCCUGGUGACUCAUCUUCAACAACGGAACGAGACACAACAACAAGUGAUUCUUCAAGUGGCACAACUGCAGGUGAAAAUGAAACAACCACUGAAGGUGAUUCAACAACAACAAAUGUAACAGGUGAUAAUGAAACUUCCACUCCUGGUGACUCAUCUCCAACAACCGAAGGAGGCACAACAACAAGUGAUUCUUCUGAUGGCACAACUUCAGGUGAUAAUGAAACUUCAACUCCUGAAGACUCAUCUCCAACAACGGAAGGAGACACAACAACAAGUGAUUCUUCUGAUGGUACAACUGCAGGUGAUAAUGAAACUUCCACUCCUGGAGACUCAUCUCCAACAACGGAGGGAGACACAACAACUAGUGAUUCUUCUGAUGGCACAACUGCAGGUGAUAAUGAAACUUCCACUCCUGAAGACUCAUCUCCAACAACGGAGGGAGACACAACAACUAGUGAUUCUUCUGAUGGCACAACUGCAAGUGAUAAUGAAACUUCCACUCCUGGAGACUCAUCUCCAACAACGGAGGGAGACACAACAACAAAUGAUUCUUCCAGUGGCACAACUGCAGAUGAAAAUGAAACAACCACUGAAGUUGAUUCAACAACAACCAAUGUAACAGGUGAUAGUGAAACUUCAACUCCUGGAGACUCAUCUCCAACAACGGAAGGAGACACAACAACAAGUGAUUCUUCUGAUGGUACAACUGCAGGUGAUAAUGAAACUUCCACUCCUGGAGACUCAUCUCCAACAACGGAGGGAGACACAACAACAAGUGAUUCUUCUGAUGGUACAACUGCAGGUGAUAAUGAAACUUCCACUCCUGGUGACUCAUCUCCAACAACGGAGGGAGACACAACAACUAGUGAUUCUUCUGAUGGCACAACUGCAAGUGAUAAUGAAACUUCCACUCCUGGAGACUCAUCUCCAACAACGGAGGGAGACACAACAACAAGUGAUUCUUCCAGUGGAACAACUGCAGGUGAAAAUGAAACAACCACUGAAGGUGAUUCAACAACAACAAAUGUGACAGGUGAUAAUGAAACUUCAACUCCUGGAGACUCAUCUCCAACAACGGAAGGAGACACAACAACAAGUGAUUCUUCUGAUGGUACAACUGCAGGUGAUAAUGAAACUUCCACUCCUGGAGACUCAUCUCCAACAACGGAGGGAGACACAACAACUAGUGAUUCUUCUGAUGGCACAACUGCAGGUGAUAAUGAAACUUCCACUCCUGAAGACUCAUCUCCAACAACGGAGGGAGACACAACAACUAGUGAUUCUUCUGAUGGCACAACUGCAAGUGAUAAUGAAACUUCCACUCCUGGAGACUCAUCUCCAACAACGGAGGGAGACACAACAACAAAUGAUUCUUCCAGUGGCACAACUGCAGAUGAAAAUGAAACAACCACUGAAGUUGAUUCAACAACAACCAAUGUAACAGGUGAUAGUGAAACUUCAACUCCUGGUGACUCAUCUUCAACAACGGAAGGAGACACAACAACAAGUGUUGAUAAUGAAACUUCAACUAUUGAAGACUCAUCUCCAACAACGGAGGGAGACACAACAACAAGUGAUUCUUCUGAUGGCACAACUGCAAGUGAUAAUGAAACUUCCACUCCUGGAGACUCAUCUCCAACAACGGAGGGAGACAUAACAACAAAUGAUUCUUCCAGUGGCACAACUGCAGAUGAAAAUGAAACAACCACUGAAGUUGAUUCAACAACAACCAAUGUAACAGGUGAUAAUGAAACUUCAACUCCUGGUGACUCAUCUUCAACAACGGAAGGAGACACAACAACAAGUGGUGAUAAUGAAACUUCAACUAUCGGAGACUCAUCUCCAACAACGGAGGGAGACACAACAACAAAUGAUUCUUCCAGUGGCACAACUGCAGAUGAAAAUGAAACAACCACUGAAGUUGAUUCAACAACAACCAAUGUAACAGGUGAUAAUGAAACUUCAACUCCUGGUGACUCAUCUUCAACAACGGAAGGAGACACAACAACAAGUGGUGAUAAUGACACUUCAACUAUUGGAGACUCAUCUCCAACAACGGAGGGAGACAUAACAACAAAUGAUUCUUCCAGUGGCACAACUUUAGAUGAAAAUGAAACAACCACUGAAGGUGAUUCAACAACAACCAAUGUAACAGGUGAUACUGAAACUUCAACUCCUGGAGACUCAUCUCCAACAACGGAGGGAGAUACAACAACUAGUGAUUCUUCUAGUGGCACAACUGCAGGUGAAAAUGAAACAACCACUGAAGGUGAUUCAACAACAACAAAUGUGACAGGUGAUAAUGAAACUUCAACUCCUGGAGACUCAUCUUCAACAACGGAAGGAGACACAACAACAAAUGAUUCUUCCAGUGGCACAACUGCAGAUGAAAAUGAAACAACCACUGAAGCUGAUUCAACAACAACCAAUGUAACAGGUGAUAAUGAAACUUCAAUUCCUGGAGACUCAUCUCCAACAACGGAGGGAGACACAACAACUAGUGAUUCUUCUAGUGGCACAACUGCAGGUGAAAAUGAAACAACCACUGAAGGUAAUUCAACAACAACCAAUGUAACAGGUGAUAAUGAAACUUCAACUCCUGGAGACUCAUCUUCAACAACAGAAGGAGACACAACAACAAAUGAUUCUUCCAGUGGCACAACUGCAGAUGAAAAUGAAACAACCACUGAAGCUGAUUCAACAACAACCAAUGUAACAGGUGAUAAUGAAACUUCAACUCCUGGAGACUCAUCUCCAACAACGGAAGGAGACACAACAACAAAUGAUUCUUCAAGUGGCACAACUGCAGAUGAAAAUGAAACAACCACUGAAGGUGAUUCAACAACAACCAAUGUAACAGGUGAUAAUGAAACUUCAACUCCUGGGGACUCAUCUACAACAACGGAAGGAGACACAACAACAAGUGAUUCUUCAAGUGGCACAACUGCAGGUGAAAAUGAAACAACCACUGAAGGUGAUUCAACAACAACAAAUGUAACAGGUGAUAAUGAAACUUCCACUCCUGGUGACUCAUCUCCAACAACCGAAGGAGGCACAACAACAAGUGAUUCUUCUGAUGGCACAACUUCAGGUGAUAAUGAAACUUCAACUCCUGAAGACUCAUCUACAACAACGGAAGGAGACACAACAACAAGUGAUUCUUCAAGUGAAACAGAUACAGGUGAAAAUGAAGCAACCACUGAAGGUGAUUCAACAACAACAAAUGUGACUGGUGAUAAUGAAACUUCCACUCCUGGAGACUCGUCUUCAACUACAACAAUUGCCACUACUACUGAUGAAUCUUCAACUUCUCAAUCCUCAACAGAUAAAACGUCUACAGCAUCAUCGGAAGAAUCUACAACAGAUAGUUCUUCCAAUGAUACUACAACUGAAGGAUCAGGAGAUACUGAAACAACAAUCCAGGAAGAUGCAAGUUCUACUUCUACCCCUACUACUUCAACAACCACUGACAGUACAUCAACAACAUCAACGACAACCACUACAACUACUACUUCUACUACAACAGAACCAUCAACCACCACCACUACAACAACAACCACUUCUACCACAACAGAACCAUCGACUACAACUGAAUACAUAGGCAACUCAGGUAGCCUUCCAUUCGACAAUCCACAUUUUGUGUCCGAUCGUAGCGGCAUUGUACAUUUGCACGAAUGGAAAUUCCUUGAUAUUGCCAAGGAGUGCGAAGAUUAUCUGGGUCCAAACGGAUUUGCAGCUGUUCAAACUUCCCCAGCUAAUGAGAAUCUGAUCAUCAAGGGACGUCCUUGGUAUGAACGUUAUCAACCACUUUCGUACGAAAUUCGAACAAGAUCAGGAGAUGCCAAAGAUUUCCUCGAAAUGGCACGAAGAUGUCGCAAGGUUGGAGUAAUAAUAUAUGUCGAUGUUGUUACCAAUCAAAUGACAUCAAAUGCCCCAGUCCCAGCUAUGGGAACAGCUGGAUCAGUAGCCUACCCUGCUGCAUUCUUCUACCCAGGAGUUCCUUAUAAUGCAAGUCAUUUCCAUCAACCAGCUUGUCAAAUUACAAAUGUCAACGACACUGUUGAGGCUCGAGUCUGCGAACUCGAUGGUCUCCACGACCUCGAUCAAAGUAAUAUACAUGUUCAGCUCACCAUUGCUAAUUUCCUUAAUUAUCUAAUGGCAAUCGGUGCAGCUGGAUUUAGAAUUGAUGCGGCAAAAUUCAUGUACCCAGAAGAUUUAAAGAAAAUCUACAGUCGCUUGAAUCCAUUGUCCGUUAUGUUUGGAUUUCCAGCUGAUUCAUUCCCCUAUGUCUAUCAACAUGUCAAUGACAGUUGGAAAUUCAACUACACCCAUCUCGGUGCAGUUACCGAAUUUUCACAUGCUAGAAAUAUGGCAGCGUUCUUCAAUAAUGAAUUAAAGCCUUCCAGUCUUGAGAACUAUGGUGGAACUCAGUUGGGAAUGUUGCCCGAUAAAAGUGCAGUAACCUUCCUGGACGACCAAGACCUGCAACGUAACAAUGUGAACACUUUGACCAACAAAUCACCUCGAGAGCUUCGAGCAGCAUAUGUCUUCACCUUUGCCCAUCCAUAUGGUAUCCCACGUGUAAUGAGUUCCUUUGAAUUCAAAACCAUUGAAAAUGGCCCUCCACAAGAUAGAAAUGAAAAUAUUGUAAGUCCAAAAUUCGAUUCAAGUGGACAAUGCAAAAAAGGCUGGGUCUGUGAACAUCGUUGGCCAGUAAUUAGAAAAAUGGUUGAGUUUAGCAAUGUCGUUGGUGAUUUAUCAUUGACGAACUUCAAAUCUGAUGAUACCAAAGGUAUUGUUUCGUUUUGCCGAGGGAACAAAGGUUUCGUGCUAAUAAGUUCUGGAAUCAAGGAUUUCAAUGAGAAAGUUUACACUUGUUUGCCACAAGGAACUUACUGUAACGCUGUUACAGAUAAAAGUUCAUCAACUGAAAGUUGCGAUAAGUCUUCAAGAAUUGUUGUGAAAUCUGAUGGAACAGCAACAAUUAAAUUGACAAAGAAAGGCACCGAAUUGGCUGUAGCCUUGCAUGUUGGAAACGUUAUGCGAUCAUUAGAAACAACGACAACGACAACGACAACGGCAAGGACAACGAGGACUACGAGGAAGACGACGACGACAACAAAAAGUUCAAGCCUGCUUGACAAAUUGUGGGAUGUUAUAGGCUAAUAAUGAUAUACAAAAUUUUCAGGAAUAGCUAAAUUACAUAUUUAUGUAAACAAUUUAAUAUUUAAAUAAAAUGAUAUAUU